UCUGGCUUCGUGGCUCAUUGAAUCGAUGAGCCGUCCUAUAUUUGUCGAUAACGCUAAACUGCACUAGGGGGAAAAUGUCGUACUUGUUGGCGACGCUUGCGGCCGUUUUGCUGUUCACUUCGGAGGCUUCUGGAAAAACUGUUACGGGACUUUUUAAGAGCGAAGCGGCGAGACAGCAGAAGGGCCAGUUCAUCACUAAAUUCAUGUACCAAGGUGGCAGCGGUCUGUUGGUGUGCCGGGUGGACAGCUCGGCCCUGGCUAAAGAGAGGGAGUCCAGACUGCUGCUGUAUCAGGAUAUGGACUCAGAGCUGGACAACCUCAGCUGCUCCGAGAGGCUCGCCAAAGCCCACUUAACCGUUACUCUCAGUCAAGAAGAGCACAACCAGUCGAUCCCUCGGCAGUCCUCCCCUGCACCCUGGCAGGUCCUGUAUGCUGACAGAUACACUUGUCAGGAAAACGUGUUGAUCGCUGAUCACGCUGAUCUCGGUUUUACCGUCCUCCUGUUUAAUGCCGACUCGGCCGGAAACCCUCUGGAGCACUUCAGUGCAGAGGAGGCAGGCCUCCACAGUUUUUACUUCCUCCUGCUUCUGGCUUACUUCAUCGCCUGCUGUAUCUACAUCCAGCCUCUGUACCAGGCUCUGAGGAAAGGAGGACCCAUGCACACCGUCCUCAAAGUGCUUACGACGGCGCUGGGAUUACAGGGCUGCUCCGCUCUCUGCAACUACAUCCACCUGGCCAGGUAUUCCAGAGAUGGAAUUGGUCUUCCACUGAUGGGCAGCCUGGCUGAGUUCUGGGACAUGGUGUCCCAGGUGUCCAUGCUGUACAUGUUAUUGAGUCUGUGUAUGGGCUGGACUCUGAGUCGAGGCAGGAAGCCUCAGUCCAGACCUCUGCAGUGGGAACAGUCUCCGGCCUCCACGGCUGUCGCUGUUGGUGGGGUUAUUACACAGGGAGUGCUGCUGCUGUGGGAGCAGUAUUCAGAGUCUGAGAGCGAACAUCACAGCUAUCACGCCCAGCAGAGUGUGGCUGGUCUCCUCCUCAUGGCUCUGAGAGUGAGCCUGGCCCUCCUGCUGGCCUCCAUCCUCUACCAGAUCAUCUCCACUGAGAGGAGCACCCUAAAGAGAGACUUCUACCUCAGCUUUGCCAAGGGAUGCUUCCUGUGGUUCCUCUGUCAUCCCGUCCUUGUCCUCAUGUCUGUAAUCUUUAACGAGCAUCAGAAGGAGAAGGUGGUGACCAUCGGUGUGAUCCUCUGCCAGUCCAUAUCCAUGGUCAUCCUCUACCAGCUCUUCCUGUCUCGUUCUCUCUACUGGGAGGUGUCCUCUCUUUCCUCCGUCUCCCUACCACUCACCAUGUCCAGAACGAACCACAGGGGACGCUACUGAGCACAUCCACAGUUUUCCCUUAUCGUCACGAGCUAAGGGUGGAUGUGCUAAUGACACUGUGAGGUGUCCCCUCAGAGGAGGGAGGCUUUCUGAAAGUGCAGAUAAGAAAAAAAAAAGUGCUCAAACACUGCAAGAACUGCUUUCCUUUGCAGUUAACUGUUUCCUGGGAGAACAGCUAAGGUUUCUAGGAAGCAAGUUACCAAGGAAUCAUUAAAAGAGGGUGACAGGAGGACGAUAUAUGUACAGCAACACCCUACCUCUAGUUCUAAAUGAUUUCUGACUGGAGCCAGCGUGAGCAUUGCUGAGCAGGAGCAGGAGAGGCAGGGCUUUCAGGCGGUUUCUUUGGUUCUCCAUGACAACAGCCAAAAUACCACCGAAACAAAAGGAAGGCAAGGACAGAUGAAGACAGCCGGCUGGCACCAAGAUUAAGAAUGCAUCACCUGGAGAUGUAGAUGUCAGGAAAGAGAAAGGAAGCAGAGAUUUACUCCUGACAGGGCAGAGUGUGGAGAUGGUUGCUUGGGGCUCACGGACGCAGGCCAAGAUCAAAAUACUUGAGGUUUUAUUUCUGUUCUUGGCUUUUAUUAUAACACAGAAAUAUCACAGACACCACUGUCCUGCUCCUUCUUCUCAUUGAGCUUACCCCGCUCAUUAAAACCAGAAUGACUUAGAUCAAAUCCACCAGGAUAGAAAGCCUCAGUUUCUCUGUGAGGCUGACAUUUUAUAUAUAAUCAAUAUAAACCACACAAACAAACCAAAACCAAGAACGUGCUACUUCCUGGUUGACCUGCGACCUCCGAGUUCUACUUAGAAACUGAGGCCUCAUUGGCCGAGCGCCCACGUUCAUCACGAUGAAGGUUCAGCGGUGUGUUCUAACAGUUUGGCUCGGGAUGUGUUAGGAUUGAGUGCGACGGGCAGACGGAUGCUGUGUGUGUUUUGUAAAGAACUGAGAAGGACGUGAACUUUAAUUCUGCAGAGCCAAAGUGAAGACGACGAGCCAAAAGAUCAGCGUGUGUUCCCUGAACAUCACACACACGCAUACAGCUGUACCCUAACUCAUGAAAUGAUAAGCUGAGAGCAUGUUAGACUCCAAACUCUGUAGCUUAAGACACUUUGCAUGGCUUACCUAUUUUUUUAUUGUCAGUAUAAAAAAGAUCAGGAGGAACCAAAGUCUACACGAUGGCUUCAGAUGAAUUUCAGUGUGUAAAUACAGUCCAACCCCACACAUUUAUGUUCCUGUGUUAUCAAGUUAUUACUGUACGUGAGGCUCAUUAAAUGAGAUGUUGGUGUUACAUAAGAUCCCAGUGGGACCUGAACUGUACUUUCAUGUAGGAUAAGUCCCACUUAGCAGACUGACAGCUAAUAUAUUUAUUCAUCAGCUAUUUAUUUUACAAAGUGAAUAUUUCAACAGCAGCUGCACUGUUGAUUGCACACUUUCAUCUUUGACAUGUUUUACUGACAUCAGCAUUUUUAUUUAUCUGUUAAAUCAUAAUUGGGUAAAUUAAAUAGAAGUAAUGCACCAGCAUGGAGGUGCAGUACAUUUACCUGCAUACAGUAGAUCCAGAACCUUUGUUUAAGAUAUCAAAACAUAACUGACGAUAGAAGUGGAAGCUUUUUCAGGAGCUGGGCUAACUUCAUCCACUGAUAGACUGUGAGAAGCAGAUGAAACUAGAACCCAAAUCUAAAAAGGAGCGCACAAAGACUUCCCAUAUAAUCUUAAAUAUACGCUAUAACCCUCUAAUAAAAAUGCUCCCAGGAAAAUCAGCAUGCAGUCCUCCUCAGUUAUAAAGUUUAACCUGAAUAUGAGCCAAAGUGUGCAACCUGGUCUGUUUAAAUCUGUUUGUAGAUUGGUUUACAUUGAGGCAGUGCAUGUUUUUUCCUCAUGUCCACACACAGUGUACUGUAUGCACACAGGAUGCAAGUUUAUCCCUCAGUGACAGUCUUGUUAAUGAGGCCACCAGCUAUACUGUCUUUAAUGUUUAUCCUUUAGUUUGAGGCAAAGUACAUUUUGCUUAUAUUUCAUACUUUGGUUUCCAGAUAUUGCAUUUUUUUUUACAACCUGUGGAAAUAAUAGACCUGUGAUCACGACAACUGUAAUAUGGC